AUGAAGCACAAAACUGACGUCAACGGAGACAAUGGAGAACACUCCAUCGUCCCGCACAUCCUCCCGCGCGGCUACCGCGCGGUGAACAAGCGAGGCACGAUUCACACGACUUUACGUUUGCGAGAAACCAGCGUGCCGAAGAAACCUGGGAGGCACGUGCACAGAGAAAGAGCGUUUUAUCGCGCGAUUGUUCCGGACAACACGAUACAAGCGACGUCGUUUCCCGACGUCCACGUGAAACGGUUCACCGAUUGCGGUCGGUACCUGGUCUGUUUCAGUCGAAACUUGUGCGACGUUUUAGUCUUCCGGUAUCGAGGGAUAUCGCGAGGGUACGAAAAAUGUCGCAAGCGAGAACUGGGGAAGGAAGACGCGAUGCGAGAGAUAAGCAAACAUUACUCGAACUUUGAGAGCUAUUUUAAACUCGUAUCGACGGCGAGUUUAUCCGCCAUGGCGCAAGCGAACGACGAAUCAUUUUGUAGGGAUUUUUUGUUGACGGCGAGAGGAGGGAAGUAUUUAGUCGUGGCGUCGAGCACGCAGGUGGAUUCGAGCGCGAAUACGAAUGCGAAUGCGACGACAACGAAUGCGGGUGUAGGUGGGAAUAAUAAUAAUAACAACAACAACAACAACAACGAGAAUAGGAACAGAACGGCGGCGGCUGAAGCGGCGUCGUUAUUAGAGGGACAAGAGAAUGUAGAUGCCAUGAACGAUUUGAGCGUAUUCAACGCGUUGCCGACGAUUGAAUCGAUUACGUUUCACAUCAUUGAAACGGAAAGCGGAGAGAUUGUGGACAGUAGAAUGUUCUCCAACGAUUUUAUGAGGUUAACGAGGAACCAAUGCGCGACAAUUUACAAGGACACGUCGUUAGCGAUCGUCUCGUUGAAACACAAAAGUUGCACGUUUUUAGAUAUCAAGGAGAACGGGAAGUUGGAGGAGAAAUUCACGUUAGGGUCGUACUGCGAAGCCGGGGACGAGGAAAUUUUAAAGCAAAUGGACGAAACGCAAGCUUUAGAGGAGAGUGCGAAUAACCGGCGACGUGGUGGACGAUAUAACGCCGAUGACCGGGAGAGUCUCACCGCUGCUGAUGGCGUUCCCAACAUUCGAAGAAGCUCGCGACAGGACAACAACAACAACAACAGGAGCAUCACAGGCUUGACGCAAAAGCUUCUCGUUCACCGAUUCCUCGAUGCCUUGUGCAAGUGCGAAGUCUACGACAGCCCAGAAGAACUCCGAAACUUUCACAAAAACUUUGAAAAGUUGGCUCGAUUAACCUUAGUCCACGCUCGACAGCUCGACGAUUCGCUCUUGCUCUUGAAAUUUGUCCCGGCGGAGGCGGUGCAUCAAAUUGUAUUCGCGAACCAGUCGACGCAUUUAGAUAAACUCAGACGACGGUUUGACGAUUCAACGCACAGGGCGGUGUUGACGAUAUACGAUUUAGAGAAGAGAACAUUCUUGCACGUCGUUCCGUGCUCCGCGAUUGAAGCCAUGAACGACGACAAUCAAACGAUGACUACGUUUCUGGGAUCGAACAACAACGCGGGAAUCGCGGCGACGCGAGCGGCACAGCCGGCGAACACGUUUGAUAGCUCCUCGCCGUUUAAGAAUGAAGAAGAAGAAGCGGUGUUCUUCUCUCCCACGCACGGUUUAAACAUGUGGCAACGUCUAGCGGGAGGGAGGAGAGAAGACAUGGCGAAAUCCUUCAUUCGCGACGGUAUUCUCAACGCGCCGAACGAGUUGACGUUGCUAGGUAACGCCGCGAGUUUACUUUUGAACGUCGAUGCGGCUUCGGAUACGAGUCAAAGCCGUUCGAUAAGCCCUUAUUUUGAUCGUAGCUUGUUUCACUACGACGAACGAAACGUCUCUGCGAUGUGCGUCCCGAAACCUCGAGCGGAAUUCGGCGUGAAGUUUACGCCGGUAGAACCAGAAAUGGAAAACGUCCCCAUCGACGGCAUGGAAAUCGGAACCUUGUUAUCGGUAGGGAAGAGAUUUACGCUCCGCGCAGCCUCUUUGGACGAUACCAUCUUACAAUCUCGUUCAAAGAGACACUGUGUGUACGUUUUUCAUCCUUCAGAUCCGUUCGCGAUGAGCAUCAUGCAAAGUUUCAUGCAACCGAGUCAGAUGUGUUUUCACACGCGUUUGGCGCCGGGCACCGAGAAAUUCUUCGACUUUGCGCCCCACUUCGGGGAAACGAGCAGUCACGUAGCGCAACAACGAUAG